UCAUAAGUGGAGAAAGCCGAUUCUGGGAUCCGCGGGAAGCAGGCGGGAGGAGAUCGAUUGCAAGAGGGACUCCGCCGGAGCAGGGUUUUAGUCUUCUUCUGUCGGCGGCUGCAACCGGCGCCACUGCGGCACGCUUCUAUUACGCUCCGGCGAUCUUUGGUAGUAAGAGAGAAGGGCGGGGUUGAAAUUGAGGUUCCGCGGAGACGGCGGCUUUCUUGUCGAACUCCGUUGGGCGUUACUGCUUGUCGGAGAGCGAAGAGAGCUGAGCUUGGAAAGGGAGUUGCUUAUACAAAUAGAAGCUUAGCUUGGGGGAGCGAGUUCGGUUGCAGAUCGAAAGGGAGGCGGACGGAGCUGAUUGAGAGCGGUCAAGCAUCGCUGCCUGCCACAUUGGUUGGCCGUUCCUGGUGUUCAGUACAAUGGCCUCGUAUGGGUUGAACAUGUUGAAUAGUACUGUAAAUUGGGUAACACAGGCUUUGGAUGCUCCUUCUGCUCGAGCAGUUGUUUUUGGAGUCCAUAUUGGAGGUCAUUAUUUUGUUGAAGGACUUUUACUAGUUGUGAUCCUUUUCCUGCUCUCCCAGAAAAGUUACAAGCCACCUAAACGGCCUUUGACGAAAAAGGAAAUAGAUGAAUUGUGCGACGAUUGGGUUCCGGAGCCCCUGAUUCCUUCCAUUACUAAGGAGAUGGAAUACCAGCCACCAGUGCUGGAAAGUGCUGCAGGCCCGCAUGUUAUAAUCAAUGGGAAAGAAGUUGUAAAUUUUGCCACUGCUAAUUAUCUGGGUUUAGUAGGACAUGAGAAAGUUCAGGAGUCGUGCACUGCUGCACUGGAAAAGUAUGGAGUCGGUUCUUGUGGUCCUCGUGGUUUCUACGGGACCAUUGAUGUCCACCUCGAUUGUGAAAGCCGGAUAUCAAAAUUCUUGGGAACACCAGACUCAAUUCUAUAUUCAUAUGGCCUUUCCACCAUGUUCAGUGCAAUUCCAUGUUUUGCAAAGAAGGGCGACGUCAUUGUUGUGGAUGAAGGUGUCCACUGGGGAAUACAAAAUGGACUUCAUUUGUCAAGAAGCACCAUUGUGUAUUUCAAGCACAAUGAUAUGAAGUCUCUGCACGACACAUUAGAAAAAAUUACUGCAGAUAAUAAACGUGUCAAGAAGUUGCGGCGCUACAUAGUUGUUGAAUCUGUGUACCAGAAUUCUGGUCAAAUAGCUCCUUUGGAUGAGAUCAUCAAGCUGAAGGAGAAAUACCGGUUCCGUGUUUUUUUGGAUGAGAGCAACUCAUUUGGUGUGCUUGGCCAGUCUGGAAGAGGUCUUACUGAAUACUGUGGGGUUCCGGUUGAAAAGAUAGAUAUAGUAACUGCUGCAAUGGGGCAUGCUUUAGCAACCGAAGGAGGAUUCUGUACUGGCAGUAGUAGAGUGGUUGAUCACCAACGAUUGAGCAGCUCUGGCUAUGUCUUCUCUGCAUCGUUGCCCCCAUAUCUCGCUAGUGCAGCUAUUACUGCUAUUGAUAUGAUUGAGGAGAAUCCUGGGCUGAUAGUAAAGCUGAAAAAGAACAUUUCUUUGCUGUUGAAGGGGUUGUCCGGCAUACAAGGCCUCACCGUGACAAGCAGUCCAGAAUCACCAAUUGUUUUCCUUAAACUGGAGCAAUCCACAGGAUCGAUAAAAGGCGACAUGGAACUCCUCGAAGAAAUUGCCGAACGUGCUCUGAAGGAAGACUCGGUGUUCGUAGUGACCUCCAAAAGAUCUGUGCUUGACAAGUGCCGGUUGCCCGUGGGGAUCAGAUUGUUCGUUUCGGCUGGCCAUACGGAGGCUGAUCUAACCAAGGCUUGUGAAUGCUUGAAGAGAGUUUCAGGAUUGGUGCUCAAGCAUCGUGACUGACCUUGUCUGUUCAAAAUCAGAUUAAUUUUUUGUUAUCUCAGAAUUGUUUCUCUUUUACAAAUGUUAGGGAUUUAGUAGGCUGAGAGAAAAACUAGGAAGGAAGUUCAUUCAUGGUUAUGGUGAGAGUUGGUUGUUCAGAUUAUUUAUUGUUCUCUUUUAGUUCCAUUUCGUUUCUUUACCAUAGAUUAUUUUUAGCUUCUUUCGGGGUUUAUUAGUGCUGACUGCUGACUUUAGUUUUUCUUAUGUGGAAGAUGGAGAUUCCAUUGGAUGACAAAGUCAAAGG